AAUACAAAUUGUUGGAGUAGUGCAAGAGUGACAUCUUAUAAUGGCAUCUUCUAACAUCCACUACAUACCUAGACAACUUCAUUCGACUCCUCUUCAUCUCUCUGCAAAAAUGUACAUCUCUCUCGCUCUUACACACAAAAUCAUCCUCCUGCUACUCCCCUUCUGUCUCUUCUUCUCAUGCAACGCCACGUGUACAACUGGCUGCAGCCUAGCCUUGGCCUCAUAUUACCUUUCUAAUGGAUCAAACCUCACUUACAUAAGUCAACUCUUUAGUCAACCACCCCAACUUAUUCAACGCUACAAUCCGGGUCAAGAUGCCAUGCGGGUCGGGUCUCGGGUCAACAUUCCGUUUUCUUGUGAGUGCAUUAACGGUGAUUUCUUGGGUCAUACUUUUGCCUACGUGGCACAACCGGAUGACACGUAUGGCAAGAUUGCUGCGGUGGCUUUUGCGAAUCUUACAACCGCGUAUUGGAUGGAACGGGUUAAUGUGUUUGACCCGACCCGGAUUCCGGAUAUGGGGCUCAUUAAUGUCACGUUGAACUGUUCAUGCGGUGACAGACACGUGUCGAAGGAGUAUGGGUUGUUUGUUACCUACCCGCUCCGACCCGGUGAGGAUUUGUCGUCCGUUGCUAGAGAGUCGGGUGUGCCCGACAAGUUGUUGGAGCGGUUCAACCCGGAUACGGAUUUCAGUGAUGGAGCAGCUAUCGUCUUCUUGCCGGCUAAAGGAAUAUCAGGCGGAGUCAUUGCUGGGAUAUCUGUUGCAGGAGUAAUUGUGAGUUUAUGCUUGGUUGCUUGGUUUUAUUUCGGGUUUUAUAGGAAAAAAGAUGUAGCAGAAGGAUCAUUUGUUCGAGCAGGAUUUGUUGAUGGUGGAAUAGAGCAUAUGCACGGUGCUGGAAUUGACUUGCAGAAAAUGUCGGAUUUUGGUCAGCAUACAAGUGGUUCUUCUUUUAAUAGUAUCACCGUAAAUAGAUCAGUAGAGUUUUCAUAUGAAGAGCUUGCUCAUGCCACUAAUGACUUUAGCCUGGCUAAUAAAAUUGGCCAAGGAGGUUAUGGACUAGUUUACUAUGGAGAGCUGAGAGGCGAGAAAGCUGCGAUUAAGAAGAUGGAUAUACAAGCUUCUAAGGAAUUUCUUGCCGAGCUGAAGGUUCUAUCACAUGUCCACCACUACAACUUGGUGUGUUUGAUUGGAUAUUCCAUUGAGGACUCAUUAUUCUUAGUUUAUCAGUAUAUUGAGAAUGGAAAUUUGAGUCAACACCUACAUGGUUCAUCAGUAGGGAGGAGGCCCUUGUCUUGGUCUAGUAGGGUGCAAAUUGCCCUUGAUUCAGCAAGGGGACUCGAAUACAUUCAUGAACACACUGUCCCUGUUUACAUCCAUCGUGAUAUCAAGCCCGCCAACAUUUUGAUAGAUAACAAUUUUCGCGCCAAGGUUGCUGAUUUUGGGCUGACAAGACUUACUGAAGUUACUGGCUCCUUGCAAACACGACUUGUGGGUACUUUUGGAUACAUGCCUCCUGAGUAUGCAAGAUAUGGAGAUGUUUCUCCGAAAAUAGAUGUGUAUGCUUUCGGAGUUGUCCUGUACGAACUAAUCUCUGCUAAAGAUGCUAUUGUGAAGAUAAAUGAAGUUGAAUCAAGGGCAUUAGUUGCUUUGUUUGCUGAGGUCUUGAAUCAGCCUAAUCCGAGCAGUGAUCUCACUACACUAGUUGAUCCACGGCUAGGUGCUGACUAUUCAAUUGAUUCCGUUCGUAAGAUAGCUCAGAUUGCCAAAGCAUGUACACAAGAAAAUCCUCAACUGAGGCCAAGUAUGAGGUCAAUUGUUGUUGCGUUGAUGACACUAUCUUCCGCAAACGAGGAUUGGGAUGUCGGCACAUUUUAUGAAGAUCAAGGUUUAGUUAAUUUAAUGUCAGGAAGAUGAGGUAUAUUUCAUUCAUUAUCAUCAUUAGGAUGCCAUAUAAAAGGUAUUUAGGUGUGAGCAGUACAUGCUUCUUAGAGCUAGCUACUAGGGCAACCAAUGAGAAUGUACUAGUUAUUCUUGGACUAGAUUUUAUCAACUCAUCUUCGAAGAUCUUUAAUUUGUAUUUUUUGUGUUAUAAUAUCACUUGCUAGGUGAGUUACACGGGUGAA